AUGUCUGCACCAACUAUGCGCACUACACUGCUUCUUACGGAGCAUCUAGGAUACCCUCCAAUAUCCCUUGUUGAUGAUAUCAUUAAUGCCGUCAACGAAAUUAUGUACAAGUGCACACAGGCAAUGGAGAAGUACCUCUUAGAGCGUCAGUCAGUCGAUGGAAAAGAUUAUACUGACGAGAUCAAAGUGGGAAUCGCGAAGUUGGAGACUUUGUGGGAAAAUUCUGUGGAUCGUAGCUUCGACAAACUGGAAUUGUACGUUCUUCGGAAUGUGUUACAAAUCCCAGAGGAUCUGCUAGAUAGUGGUACAUUCCGGCUCAAACACCACGAAUCACUUUUUCUGGAAAGUGAAGCCCAAACAGCAGCGUUAAUUGAAGAAAUCAAGUCAAAACAACGGCAGUUAGAGGAUUUUGUCAAGUUGAACAUUACCCUCAGGACUCAAUUGCAAGGCGCCAAGAAACUACGCGCGAGGGUUACCAAAUUCAAAAAGCUUACAACUGAUCUGCUGGAAGCUAGAGGGCCAGAUAACGAAGAAACUCAAACCAUCUUGAAAAGUUUACAACCGGUGGACGAAAGCGUUAAACUUCUCAUAUCGCAACUGCGUUCCAUUUACGUAAGUGCAGAGCGAAACUGCUCCAAUGAGCGGGUUGCGAACGUAGUAGCUUCCCAUACACAACUGAAAGAUGACAUUUCCUCUCGGAGAGGCUAUCUUAAUAAUGCAACUCAAAAAACAUUACAGAGCCUCUUGGGAGUACAAGACGAAAAUGAAGAGAGUCCAAUGAUUGAACAAGAAGCUGUGAUAUCAGACGUGGAUCCCAGAGAGAGCCCACUCUUUGACAAUCCUGAUUGGGAUGUAUUGAAGAAGCACGUAACAUGA